AUGACAUUUCUCACUCCAUUUCCACAAACCACCACAGAGUUGUCAGGUACAACAGAAAAGGUGCAAACAAAGGUCAACAAAAACGAGGCGAUAUCAAGGUUCUUCGACAACAACACCGACAAUAAACUUAAUCUUCAGGACGAUGAAGCGUCGACGACAAACGCAUAUUUUCACAGCUCACAAUACAACCACUUCAAUAAAUAUGACCCAAUGGUCAAAGAUGAUAUGAUUCUUGAAGACCAAUUAACACUGUUAUUGACGUAUAUGACGCAACCACUUGAUGUCCCAAUCAUUCAACAAGAAAACGCGGUGCUGCAUAUUGUGAAAAAGGAUCUUUCCGUUGAAAUAUUGAGUGUGAUGAGUCAAAUAUAUAAUAAAUCCACUAAAACGUAUUUAGACUUCUGCGAAAUGUUCGGGCCAGAACUCCAAGCAGUGUCAUUCCCAAAGGAAUACGCGGCACUUGGAGACGAGUCAAUUACAUUGGAAAAUUUUGCGUUGAAAACAGAGAUCAGAUCUUUCCUCACUAUUUUGUCCCUCGUUUGCUUCUCUCUCAAAAAGAUUAAACAAACACUCGGCGAACUUAAAGCAUCAGAAGAAACUGUUUUACAUCUUGAUGACGUCAGAGACGAUAUUAGACAGGAAAAUAACACACUCAAACAAUUAAAGAUACAAGAGAAUGACCUCCCCUCAAGUCCACAGAAGUGA